GGCCGGGGCCCUGCUGGCGCCCCGCGCCGCCCGAGGGGCGAACCUGGCAAGUAGAUUGGCACCUUCCACGCAAGAGGCCGCAGCGAGGGACAGGGGAAGAGCUGAGGAAGCUGUCCGCAUCUGGCCUGUGAAUGGCGACCUUUGGGACCCGAUGAGGAGUGGCCACUCAAAGAAUCACCCAGAAGUGUUGAAUUUUCGAAUACAACUGGAAAGCAAAGAACUGAUCAUAAACCUGGAAAGAAAUGAAGGCCUCAUUGCUGGUGGCUUCACAGAAACCCACUACCUGCAAGAUGGCACUGAUGUCACCCUCACUCGAAAUUACACGGGUCACUGUUACUACCACGGGAGUGUGCAAGGACACGUGGGUUCCAUGGUCAGCCUCAGCGCGUGUUCUGGCCUCAGGGGACUUAUUAUGUUUGAAAAUAAAACCUACGUCUUAGAACCCACGGAGGAGUCAGCCGGCGCCUACAAGCUCUCCCCGGCGGAGAGCCUGGCGGGCCUCUGGGGGUCCUGUGGUGCCCACCCCGGGCCCUGGGGCGCAGCUGCGGACCGGCUUCCACCACCCUCCCAGACGCGGGCAAGAAGGCAAAAAAGAGAAACCCUCAAGAUGACCAAGUACGUGGAGCUGGUUAUUGUUGCAGAUAACCGAGAGUUUCAGAGGCAAGGAAAGGAUCUGGAGAAAGUUAAGCAGCGAUUAAUAGAGAUUGCUAAUCACGUUGAUAAGUUUUACAGACCGCUGAACAUUCGAGUUGUGUUGGUUGGCGUGGAGGUGUGGAAUGACAUCGACAAGUGCUCUAUAAGCCAGGACCCAUUCACCAGCCUCCACGAAUUUCUGGACUGGAGGAAGAUGAAGCUUCUACCUCGAAAAUCGCACGACAAUGCCCAACUUAUCAGCGGCGUGUAUUUCCAGGGGACCACCAUCGGCAUGGCGCCCAUCAUGAGCAUGUGCACCGCGGAGCAGUCGGGGGGCAUUGUCAUGGACCACUCAGACAGCCCCCUGGGCGCGGCAGUGACGCUGGCGCAUGAGCUGGGCCACAACUUUGGGAUGAACCACGACACACUGGAGCGGGGCUGCACCUGCAAGAUGGCGGCUGACAAAGGGGGAUGCAUCAUGAACCCCUCCACAGGGUUCCCGUUCCCCAUGGUGUUCAGCAGCUGCAGCCGGGAGGACCUGGAGGCCAGCCUGGAGAAGGGCGUGGGCAUGUGCCUGUUCAACCUGCCCGAGGUGAAGCAGCCGUUCGGGGGCCAGCAGUGUGGGAACGGGUACGUGGAGGAAGGAGAGCAGUGUGACUGCGGCGAGCCGGAGGAAUGCACCAACCGCUGCUGCAACGCCACCACCUGCACCCUGAAGCCGGACGCCGUGUGCGCGCACGGGCUGUGCUGCGAGGACUGCCGGCUGAAGCCCGCUGGGACAGCCUGCCGGGGCGCUAGCAACUCCUGUGACCUCCCGGAGUUCUGCACGGGGGCCAGCCCCCACUGCCCGGCCAACGUGUACCUGCACGACGGCCACGCGUGCCAGGGCCUGGACGGCUACUGCUACAACGGCGUCUGCCAGACCCACGAGCAGCAGUGCGUCACGCUCUGGGGGCCAGGUGCUAAGCCGGCCCCGGGGAUCUGCUUCGAGAGAGUCAACUCUGCAGGCGACCCCUACGGCAACUGCGGGAAGGACUCGAAGAGCUCCUUUGCUAAGUGUGAGACCAGAGAUGCUCAGUGUGGAAAAAUCCAGUGUCAAGGAGGCGCCAGCCGGCCCGUCAUUGGUACCAACGCUGUUUCCAUAGAAACGAACAUCCCACUGCAGGAAGGUGGUCGCAUCCUGUGCCGGGGGACCCACGUGUACCUGGGUGAUGACCUGCCAGACCCCGGGCUGGUGCUUGCAGGCACCAAGUGUGCAGAGGGGAAGCUCUGCCUCAACCGCCGGUGUCAGAAUAUCAGCGUCUUCGGGGUUCUGGAGUGUGCCAGGCAGUGCCGCGGCAGAGGGGUCUGCAACAACAGGAAGAACUGCCACUGCGAGGCCCGCUGGGCGCCGCCCUUCUGCGACCGGGUUGGCUUUGGAGGGAGCACGGACAGCGGCCCCAGCCGGCAAGCAGAUAACCAAGGGUUAACUAUCGGGAUUCUGCUGACCAUCCUGUGUCUGCUUGCUGCCGGGCUUGUGGUUUACCUCAAGAGGAAGGCCUUGCUACAACUGCUGUUUACAAAUAAGAAGACCACCAUCGAGAAGCUAAGGUGUGUGCGGCCGCCCCAGCCACCCGGAGCCUCCCAGCCUGGUCAGGCUCACCUCGCCCCCCUUGGCCAGGGCCUGAUGCGGAAGCCACCACAUUCCAGUGCGCCGAAGGACAAUCCCAGGAGACUCCCACAGGGUCAGAACGUGGACAUCAGUGGACCCCUCACGGCCCUUGACCUCCCUCCGCCCAGUUCGCCUCAGCGAGUGCUCCUGCCCCUCCACCACGCUCCUCGGGCCCCCAGCGUUCCCGCCAGACCCCUGCCGGCCAACCCCGCACUUCGGCAAGCCCAGGGAACUCGUAAGCCAAACCCUCCUCAGAAGCCUCUGCCUGCAGACCCUUUGAGCAAGACGGCCCGGCCGGCCAGCACCGCAGCCAGGACCCUGGGCCGGCCCGAGUCCAGCCUCCGCCUGGCGCCCAGCAGGCCUGCUCCGAAACACCCGCAUCCAGUGCCCAGGUCCGCCCACGCCACCUGCGCGAAAUGAGAAGCAGCCGGCGGCUCUGCUCAGCGGUGGAGACACAAGUUUGCACUAUCUUCCAGCGCCAGUUGGAGUUACUUUUUUGUACCGACUCUUAGAAUUUUUUUAAUGUUUGAAACACCGUUACUUUGAGAACUCGGAGCUCCUGCCGCCCCCGCGGCGCUGCGCUGCGGCUCUGUCCACGUGCUCAGGUACUUGUAAAUUACUAAUUUAUGCAGGAUGCUCGCGGGGCGCGGGGCGCUGUCCUGGGCAUCUUCACCAUCACUGAGUUUUCCACGGAAGGAAGGCUUAUUUAGUGAACUUGUUUAAUGAACUUGAAAUGUGCUUUAUGGGAUUCUGGACGGGAUGUUUACGUUCUGAUCGAGGCUUUAUUUAACCCACGGCUGUGGUUCUGGUGUCAGACACAGCUCAAGACACCCCAGGUAGAGCCUUAAGUGAUGGUCUGGAACCCCUCACCUCAUACCAGAGCCAGGGGCUUCAGGGUCAGGCUGUGCUUGGCUUUCAGGGAGACCCACGGCCGACAGGCAAGCCCACCUGCUAUGCCUUGAAGCUCCAAGGUCACAGGGAAGGUCUGGUUUCCAGCCAGGAAGUCCCGGAGAGGACCUGGGUUGUAUCAAGGAAUUUCCAGGCAGAAACUUGACCUUGAGCUCACUGACCCUGAGCACAUUUGGGGAGCAGGCAAAAAGGGGCUUUACAGAAACACCCAGAACUUCUUUUCCCGGCUGCCCUUUAUGGAGGGGCACGCUGGUGCGGGCACACCACUUAGAAUGGGCAAGGCGGGGUCUCUCCAGGAAGGCCAUUGCCCCGAGCUGUUCAGAGCCAAGGAAAUCACCCCUCAUCUCCACAGCUUAAUCCGAUGAUUGUGUAUUAGGUUGCCCAUGGGAUGUGACCAAGUCGCCAGAUGCAGAGAAUUGGCUCCAUAGAUAAACCCCUCUCACUGCAAGGGCAGCUCAGGAAACAUCAAGCCGUCCCCUUGCUCGCCGGCCCUGGCUCGGCCUGCAGUGCUUGUGAGUGCAGGCUGGACAAGGAGCAGAAGGUGCUAGUAAGUUCUCUUCCCAGCUUCGCCGCAAGAAGCUUUAAAAGGUGUUUUAGCAUCAAGUCCCUCACCAUCUAGUCCUUAAACUUGUGUGGCCUGCCUGUUGGGCCCCUGCCGGAAUGUGAUAAGGAAGUCAGUUUCCUGAUCCUCGAGCUGCAGGCUCGGCAGUGCCUUCAACCUCUUUCUCUUCCACUGUCUGGCUGGGGAGCUGUUUUCACAAGAUCUCGAAGAUGCCCGCAUUUAAUGGCAAGAAUAUUCUAAAAAAUAGACAAGGUAAAAUGCCACAGUGCAUUGCUUCUAGUGGGGUCAUCCAUGACUAGUUUUCACCUCAAAAGGUAACUCCAUAAUUCAGCCAGGGUGUUUCAGGGCAAAGAUUUCAUUGGGGUUUAUUUCAGUGGUUUGCCUAUGCCUUGGAGCAGAGCGAAAACAUACCAGGAAUCUCAGCUUGCCUUCCAGAAAAUAAGACUGCAGUUGACUCCCCACCGUAUCUAGGCAACAGAGGACUCCCGGUUGUGGCCCAUCCACAUCACACACACAGACAGAGGGGAACCCGCGUAAACACGUUCCAUGUCUCAGAGCCCGCAUCGGCUUGUUAGGCAGCUAGUCACGUCUCAAAGAUGUAAGCCAGGCUGGAAAGCAUUACCGCUGCCGAGUGCAUGCAGAAAGACCGUCACGGAGAUCAUGUGGGAUCAUCGUAUUGGGGCCAAAACACAUGCUAUUGAAAAAAGUUUACAGAAUUUUUUUAUGGUGCAUUAAGUGGGUAUUGUCUUGCUAGAUGCCAAAUGCUCAGAUCUGGCAUUUUAGCCCUCCCCCUACGGUAAGAAGAUGUGAACAGAGUUCUUUGGGGUCUGUCUGUAGAAUGGGAACACUAGCUCUCUCAGAGGCCCGGGAAGAGUACGGUGUUAUGGAGGUUAACACUGGGAUCGCAUGUCACCAGUGGCCACUGAGGGUUUGCGGCUGAUGACACCUUCUUAUCCCUGCAGGACUCACUGCUUUUAUAGAGCCAGGCAAUUUCUUUCUAGAUAAGAGCAUAUUUAAAGCUAAUAUUCCCUCAUGCUACACGGAGAGUAUUAUCAAAGGAGCAAUACUUCCAAGAUGUAAUAUUUACGAAAUGAAGCAUAUUCUGCAAUAACUUCCAUUUUAACAUAACUUAGGAAAGGAAUCAGUAGCCAGAUUUUUCUGUGGGGAGGUGUUACCCCAUUUUUAUAGCUUCAUAGAUGAUGGAAACAAAGGUCAAUACUUAUAUUUCAAAGACGGUCUAUUUUUAAUACUUUUUUAAAACUGUAGAGACAUGAAAACACGAGGAGCUGACCUGAGCUCCUCAGGCCUCACUCACCGGGAAAGCCACAGGCCGGCCCGGGGCCUCUUCUUUCUUGGUCUCAUUGUAGCUUGCAGGUGUUGAGCUCACUUUCCUGGGAAGUAAGACGCCUCAUCCUCCAGGCAUUCUAUUUACAAGUUUAUCUCCUGAAAUGUUUGAUAAUAGCUUGUUUCUCUAACACGUGGGAUCAGACGUGUAGCAGCGAGAGAAACAGGCUAACAUUGUCCAUCUCUCAACGUGCUCGCGGACCGCCUAUCCCAGCCAGCUGCCCCGGCUAGCCGUGUGGGGGGGACAACACAAAAACCACAAAAGCAACAAAUUCGCUGGCAUGAGAGUAAAUGCUGCUGACGAGCCUCAGAAGCGACGUUUUACGCCUCCCGGACUUUAUCAGGAAUUCUCAGGCCCACGGAACCACAGGCCACGGUUGUCUGGCAAAUUGAUACAGAUCAUGGAUGUGGCCCUCUAAGGAAAACUGCUAGAACUCUGAUCUGUUCUUAGGAGCCUGUGACCUUCCCAUGGUGCUAAAAAGAGCCUGGUGCGGGCAGCCAGCAGGCCCAGCACCCUCCCAUGUUUACUACGCACGCUGAGCCAACAAGACCCACACCACACGGCCGCCGUGGACCGGGCUGCACGGUCCGUGGGCCGACCCUCUGCGGGCCUUCCUCCUGGGGUUACGUCCUCGAGGACUCAGCCUGGGGAGGGCAUACACUGUGAGUGCUGGAAGGCCCCUUCUUUUUCUCCUGCCACCACAGAGGCCAUGCUGGAAGCCUGCUCCCUGGAGGAGCCAGUUACUCCCCAGAACUGAGCAGGCCCAGGUUCAUCGGGACACAGGGAGACCUGGCUAAGUAGAUCCGUCUGCUUCCCUGUGUCACUCAUGCAUGCCCUAGCCCCAGGCCGAACCCACACCGAUCUCAGAUCUCUGCCUUCCCAGCCAAAGCCGGCAUUGCUGCAGCUGCUCCACCCACAGGCAGACGCCCAGCCUUCCCAGGGCUGCAGGGUAGAGCAGCCCAGCAGUCGCAAACCCCUGCAGAGUCACCCACCCACAGGGACCUCCCAUCUCAGGAAGGGAAGUUGCCUUAGGACAUCAGUUCAUUUUGCAUCUAUAAUCAUGAUUCCCUCCAAAGCUCCUAGUGACAGCUAUCUCUUAAACCUUUUUGAAAACUCAUCCUGCUUAAAAAACAUACUAAGAGAUUCACGAGCCCCAGGCUGAGAACCACUUCUGUGCAGUAAGGAAUCUCCCAGAAGCCACCCCCCUCCCUGUAGGUGGGGUGUGCAGUGUCCCUACCUUUCAUGAAGGAAAUCCCCUCUUCACCUUCAGGACAAGGACAGCUCAGAGUCCAGCCACUUAGAGCUUGUUCCUUAUGGGAAAGAUGAGAAGAAACGCUGCGUGUGAGGUUGUUGUGAGAGCCUGGGAUGACUGUUGAGCCAGAAAAUUUAACACAAAGUGGUUCUCAAUGCGAUUAGGACCUUUCAGAUUGAAUUCUCUGUAACCUACCCUGGUUUUCCCCAUCAUCUUCCAGAAACAUCUUGCACGUUCCCUGUGCAUCUCCCAUAAUUGUUUAGUUCUUAAUUGUGCACAUUUUAAUCCAAACAAGAUACUAGAUAUCAGGUGAUCAUUUUAGUUUUAUAAAGAAGUGCCAUGACGUUUAUGUUCACGGCCUGCGAGCAGGUACUUAGGUAGGGAGAGUAAAGGAAACCAGAAAGACAAAAGCCCUCACGAGCGCGAGGCCGGGCCAGGUGCUGAGUUCUCCUUACCUCCCAUCAGGUCCGUUGUUGGGAUGUGUGCGUGUGACUCUAAAACCUGGCUACGGGCGAUUUAGCACAGUACAGUUGUAGCUACUACACCAGUACAUUAAUUUUAUAGUGCUUCAUUCAUUUAUAAUGCUUUGGUUUGCUCAUUUUUUCCACGUACCUUGUUAUGUUACAGUCUGUCACUUUUGUACACGCAUUGGGGUUCUUCAGGUAAAUGCAACCUGCUAUUUCCAUGGAAAAAUUCAUUAAGCAUAUUAUAGCCAAUAAAUGGUAUACAGGUAAAGAUGUGUCUCGUUCAUUGCUAGGGAUGUUACCAAUUAAGGGGGAGGACUCCUGCUAUAGAAAAAUGUAUCCUGGGCCUCAUGUAGAUGCACAUGGAAAGUCUGGAAUAACAGAAGAGCUAAGAAGA